UUGGGUAUUGAGACAUGCUUUUAUGAUGGAAUGAACUCUCAUGCAAAAGUGCUCCUUCAGAUUGUCUUUCCUGCUUACCUGUUUCUUUUGAUGUUCUUAAUAAUCAUUUUGAGCAAGUACUUUGACUCAUUUGCAAAGCUCCUCUCCAACAGGAACCCAGUUGCUGCCCUAGGCACACUCGUCCUACUCUCUUAUUCCAAACUCUUGCAGUUUAUCAUUGCUGCACUGCAAUACAGGGUCUUGGAUUAUCUUGAUGGUGCAACCGAGGUGUUGGAUUUUCCCAACAAUUCAAGUGAUAUAGUUUGGUUGUAUGACGGCAAUGUGCAAUAUUUCACUCUCGGUCACAUCCCUCGGUUUGUUUUUGCCGCCAUAAUCCUCAUCUCUGGUAUAUUGUUCACUGUACUGCUCUUCUUUGGACAAUGGUUUCCUCGCUGUUCAAAACGGAAACUCAUGAUAUGGACUAAGAACACAUACUACAAUGGUUUCAUGGAUGCAUACCAUGCUCCAUUCACUCCCAAGCAUCGCUACUGGGUGGGACUGCUCCUAUUUUCUUUGAUCGCUCAUAAUCUAAUAACUGCUUUGGCUUUGGACACUUCUCUCCCCGUACUAUCAGCUGGAUCUAUAAGUGUUGGGCUUAAUAUUUUCAAAUUGCAGAAUUAUGCAGUGUACAAAAUACGAUUCAAUGAUUUACUAGAAACACUCUUUUUCCUCAAUCUUGCAAUUCUAGCAUAUGGCACCCUCUACCGAGGAAACAUCAAUGGGAAUCAAGACAUAAUAUCCAACAUUUCAAUGGCAGUGACUUUUAUUUUGUUUGUGGUGAUAGUUUGCUACCACUUUUACGAGUACAUACUGAAGAAAGUUCCUGUUCUGCAGAGGCAGCAAAAUGCACUCAGACUGAGAAAAAUGAUUCCACGAGUUCGCAAACUGAACUGGAGAAGAAAAACCACGAAGAAACCUGGACAAACGUGGACAGAUAUGAUCCAUACACUAAUGGAGUCAUAGAAGAGAAGCUGAUCCUGAUCGUUACAUCACUCCUCCCAUCAUCCGACCAGCCACAAGGCCGGAACAGCUGAGAGAGCCUGCCCUGGACGUGCUAGCCCCUCUCACUACGGAGGACUACAGACCAGCCCCUCCCCCUCCUCAAGACAAUGCACCCAAAGUUACGCACACUGUCAUCGAUGUCGUGAAAGAGUAACAUUGUAUAAUUAUCUCCUAAUACUUAAGCUUGGUUUCGUUUUUUGAGCCCUUUGGCCUAAUAUAUAGUCCUACCUCUAUACUCCACUACUGUAUUCACACGUGCAUGUGAGACUGUGUUUGGAUCUUGUAAGCUGAAAAGGGAAAUCGAUUAGAUGAUAUACAGUAUAUAGAAGAAGCAAUAGCACUAUUCUGACACUGCCGGAUUAGCUUGUAAUCUUAUAGUAUCGGAGAGAACAUGCACUGCACCUGGGUGGUGCUGCUACUGACCCUAGCUACUGUUACCAGGAGUGAGCACUAUCACAUUGUGCCAGUGGAUUCAACUGACUCGUGUAAUGACUACCAAAAUGGAACUUGUUUCACUCUCGAGCAGCUUGUUCAAACAGACCUGUUGUCUGGUGGAGACAAACUCACCUUGAGCUUUCUGUCUGGUGAUCAUUUAUUAAGUGAAAUGCUUUACAUUUGUAAUUUCAGAGAGGUGAUUAUUGCUGGCCAAAAUGCCACUAUCAAUGCCAACACAACUGGUAGAGCAGUGUAUUUAUCUAAUAUCCGUGCAUUGAGUAUUGAAGGUUUGAAUUUCACAGGAGCAGGUGAUAAAAAAAGUUCAGGCUACGUUUCUCAAGAAUUAUAUAUCGAUGAAUGCUCUUUGGUAGACUUGAAAUUGCUAAAGUUGGAAUCUUGUACACUCUGGAUCACCACGAUCACUCAUGUGGUAACUGUGAAAAUUGAACAAGUUCUCUUUGUAAACGACACUAGCACUGACAGAGCAUUGUAUGUUAAAGCUGAUACUGUGUGCAUUGAAAAGAGUGAUUUCUUUAAUAAUAAUGGUGGUGCAGUUUACAUUUACUCAAAGCAAACUGUUAUUAAUGAUUCAAGAUUCACUUCCAAUACUGCUGCAUAUGGUGGAGCAGUGGAAGUGGACUCUGUAAGUGUGACUAUCAGUUGGUGCAACUUUACAAAUAAUAGCGUUUAUUACAGUGGUGGAGCGAUUUAUGCCAGUGAUUUUUAUUAUAGUGGUGGCGGUAUUUCGGCAGUUAAUGUUUCAAUCAGUUUCUGUAACUUUAUGGAUAAUAUCGCUGAAUAUGGUGGAGCCAUUUCCACCUUCAGAACUAAUUUGUUCAUUUCUAACUGUGCGCUACUAAACAAUAGUGCUAUUCGUGACGGUGGAGCAAUUAAUAUCUGGUUUGGGAGUGUCUCAAUCUCCGACAGUGAGCUAGCGUACAACAGUGCUGAAAGAUCAGGUGGAGUGAUUUUGGUUUUGAAUGGAGAGUUACUGAUAUCCAAUAGCAAGCUAACAAACAACAAGGCACCCUCUGGUGGAGCGAUUUUGGUAUAUACUGGAACUAUAUCUGUCUCCAAAGUCAUGUUUAAAAAUAACAGUGCUGACAUUGGUGGAGUAUUUUUCGUUGCUGAUGGCACUGUGAUAAUUUCCGACUCUCUGCUCACAAAUAACAGAGCCACCCAACAAGAUGGAGUGAUUGCGGUUGUUAUCUCAACUUUAAUAAAUGCUAAUACAAGCAUAUUUGACAAUUUAGAGGGUGAAAAUAUCAUUUACGUAGUGCA